AUGCCAAAACUCAGCCACUCUGACUAUUAUACAGAACCUAGAAUCCAAGAACUGGCGGCAAAGGAAAGGGCUGAACAAGGGUUUUGCCGCCGUGUGAAGGAUUUUGUGGUUGGACGGCACGGUUAUGGUAGCAUCAAGUUCAUUGGGGAGACGGAUGUGAGGCGACUUGAUCUUGAGUCUCUCAUCCAGUUUAACAACCGGGAGGUGAUUGUGUAUGUGGACGAGAACAAGAAGCCUCCUUUUGGACAAGGUCUUAACAAGCCUGCUGAGACUGGACAUCACUAUACAGAGGGACCAAGAAUUGAUAAGUACAAAGAGCUGCUCAAAAGAAAUGCCGAGGAUCAAGGUGCUGAGUUUGUGUCUUAUGACCCCAUCAAAGGAGAAUGGAAGUUCAAGGUUAACCAUUUCAGUGAGCACAGGCUUGACGAUGAAGAUGGAGAUGACUGAUAUGCAUGCUGCUCCUUUUUGCUGGGCUAAAUGCUAGACAUAUUUUGUUUUUAGUGGAUGGUUUUUUCUUGCCUUUGCAGAGUGUAGAAAAGCAUGCAGUGGGAUCAACUGUUCAACAAAGGUGCUCUUUCGGGUGAGUUCUAUUAUUAUUAAUUUUUUUUGUUGUAUUGUUUUUUUCUCCUUUUCUUUCCCAUUUUUUGUGAGCCUUUUAAUUAUCUUGGUUUCAACUGUUCUGGGAAGAUAAGAUGAUGUGUUUGGUGUUGGUAAGAUGACGUUCAUUGUUUGUAAUACUAAUCUGCUAUUGUUAUAUUUUCUGGCUGGCAUAAGCAAUCCGUGUGUCAACACGCCAAAGUGGCGAUUUUGCAUCAGACAAAUGUAUAUCCCUCGAAAAUGCAGUGGAUUAAUAUGCGGGAAUGUCGUUGCAAUUUCAUGUUUUAUGUUUCUAAGAGCAGUCUG